GUGGGCAUGGUGGUGGUGAUGAUGUUGUUGUGGUUGGAUGUUGUGGUGUUGGGUGAUGAUGUGAUCUGUUGUUGAGCACCGGUGUCCUUUUAUCGAUCGCCGUGUUGGGCUCUCCGGGGCCGGUGACGGCGACGGCCGAGGGCGCGCCAAGGAUUCUCGGCGGCUCCCGGAGGGGUCCGGGGCGGGGAUCGGAGGUGCCUAUCGGCGGUGGCAGGACUAUUGAUAAUUUGCAUGUUUGAUGGAAAUUGAGCUAAUGCAGAAUUAUUUCGGUGGAGAAAUGCUUUCAGCAAGGAUGAUGCUAUUGAAACAAAAUGUUGUGCAGUGGAUGACCAGUUCGGGGACCCCUAACCCAGCGCCCUUCUGUUCAACCCCACAUGCUCUGUCCCUCUCUUCUUACAGCCACAGACCUCAAAUCUGGCAAGCUUCAACAUCCCAUGCGUAAUUGUCCUCUUCAAUCAUGACUUUCCCGUCGUCACUACCGCGAUAACCACUCCACUUCUUUUGGUCCUUUUCUCGCAAUGGCUGACACGGUGUUAGCGCCUGGUUCAAGUUCGGCGUUCGUCCAUGGCACUCACCCAGAGUCUACUGUACUUGAUGUAGACGCCACCAAAGAACAACACUUUCUUCUCGCCUUCCUGGAAAUACUUCGUCAAUGAGCGGCUCUGGAGCUUCAAUGAGGGUGUCCUACCUCAACCUGUGGCUCAUGCCACUCCGUAGCAGUCUCACCAACAUAAAACUUAGUCGAAGCAUCAAUCUUCGCAACAUUAUCAAUCUCAGCUGAGGCCCCAAUGACAACCGAUGUGCCCUUAGUAGUCCAAGUAGUAAUCCGGAUAUCCCUCGCCGCUAUAGUCGAUGUGAUAACAUAAAAACCGCCGCUCUUCUUGAUGUCAGGGAACCUCCUCAGGAGAUCCUUGGCAUUCUUGUUCGCCCAUGUGCUGAAGGGGUCUUUGAGCCCAAACGAUCUCUUCUCGACCGGAUCAUUGCACAGGAGGAUCGCCCCAAACUCCCCCUUAAGCUCAUAUCUGUAGGCAGAGGAGAAGGUGGCAGGAAUGUUGGCUUGAGUUGCGGCAGAUGUUGAGAUCGCAACCCUGCUGACGGUUUCCGUUGUCUUGGGACCCCAUUUGGAGCUUUCUCGCCGCUUUUCCCACGUUCGUCCUACGAAGGGGCUUAGGCCAAAGGCUUUGAGUUCUUGCGGCUUGGUCACGUCAACGAUUCUCUGCCAGUCGCCCCUGUCGUCGAUGAAGCCGCAGACACCGGGGUAGGCGUCGAGAUCGGAGGCUGGGUUGAGCAAGGCAUGGCCGAAGCCAGACUUUCGCAUCCCAUAGGCGUAGUCCUCGAACUGGAAGGAUUCUGCUUUUAUGGUCAUGGUUGAGGUGAUGUCCGCCGCUUGACUGUGGUGAGGUAAAGGUGCAUGAGGUGAAAGUAUCUGUCGUUGGGCUGCAUGGAGACCUUGGAAGUGACGUUGAGGAUACUUGAGGGGCUUUUGGAACCAAUGGAUAACAGGCGCAGAUGUUUGAACCACACAGGGAACAGACCCCUCGAUUGGGCCCCGUGCCCAUCAACGGAGCAGCCCAACCUUGGAACACCAUGUCGCCCAAUUUGCGGCCGGCAUUCUGCUUCUCUACACUCCACAACACAGUGUAUGAUGGGUCAACAACAGUAUCAGAAUGUCUUGGGGCUGUUCCUCGCCUGGGAAGAAGAUGGAGGAGAGCAUGCAUCUUCGGGGGAGAACCCGUUUCACACGCAACUGGAGGAGUUUGUCCACACUCUUCAGCUGGGAUACAACUAUGACAUUGAGCAGUGGCUCAUUCCGUCAGAAAAAUAUCCUCGUGCCUUGGACAAGAAACUCAACGAGACUGUCGAGCGGAUCAAUGAAUGCAGUAAGAAGGAGGAGGGCGCAUUGGACCUGCUCAUCAUCUACUACGGUGGUCAUGCGGUGGCCAACCCCUACGAACCCGAUAAUGACCUGUUAUUAGUUCCAUGCCCAAAAAGCAAGGACGUAUCCGUUUCUUGGGCGACGGAUGUUUUAUCAAGAAUCCAAUAUGUAGAGGGUGCUGAUAUCCUGAUUCUCUUGGACUGCUGCUACGCGCAGAGAGGCCAGCAUGCGAUAGAUCACAUGCAUCGGCCACCGCCGAGACCAAUGGUCACUCUCGCGGCUGUUGACAUUGAUGGCAAGGCUAUCCAAGAUGGGGACUAUACGUUCACCCAAAACCUAUGCGCACAACUUGAGGAGUUUGGAAACAAUACGGAGACUUUUAGUAUCAGCCAGUUUCAUCGAGCCCUUCGACGAAGGACCGCUAGUUGGAGACGACGUCAACCCGACGGCAAGAUUCCAGAUCCUCUGAUGUCCUCCAACACAACUCAUGAGUUUGGGUUGCUGGGACCGCUUGAGCCGCAAGUAGACCCGGCUGAGACGUCGACCGUGGGAAGAGCUAUAUCCGCCAAACCAGCUGGGCAUGCCAAAGAGGAACGGUGCCCCGUAACCGCAGAGAGGUCUUCAUCUGCCCUUGCCGCCUCUCAGCUCAAACCUCCAAGUCCUCGAGCCAUCAGCGCGGGAACCCAUUCACCAGCUUCUCUCAAGAAUGCAUCAUGGGAGGACAAUGUCAGUUGCUGCAUGGAAUUCCAUGAUGUGGAUGAGGCACGCCCUCCUAGUGCGCCCUCUUCAGUUCUCAGUUCUCGUUCCCUUUCGCCAGCCUAUUCAACAACCUCUCAAAACGGGCGUCUACGAACCGAAAGUCCUGAUACUCACCCUUGGGUUCCUAGCAUCGUCGACAUGCCCGCCACCUCACCCCACGACAAACUCAACAUCUACGUCAGUCCACCUGACGUGGAAGCAGUUAUGCCCACCGCUCCGAUGAGUUGUUCCCCUGCUGCUUCAUCGAGCUCCUUACAAGAGUCAAUUCUGCCGCCAAGAAACAAGAGAGAUCACCAAAAGUGUUAUGAUGUGCGACUGUCACCUUCUGCUCCGUACGAGAGUCCCAGGAUAACCCCACGGGGAAGCAAAGAAAGGACAGACAACGUGCCAUACCCGCGACAUUCGCAGACAGUCAUGCCAAUAUUGCGAAAUCGAAGGUCACAAACAUUUGACAAUGCUGAUUUUGGCCGGGCAAAGGAUGGCUAUGGAGGUCCGCGUUGGCAAGCGCAGGCUGACUCUGACUCCGAGGAUGAAUUUUGGCCCCCGGAACACUCGGGACCUCGUCAUCAGUUGUAUGGUGGUUAUCGGCGGUGAAAGGGGAGGUUGACGGUUCAGAGGUAGCGUGAUUGUUGGUUUGUUAUGACUCCGGAGGAUCGGUGUUGCGGACAGCGACUGAGCACAACGGAGGAAUGUUUCUGACAGAUGUCUUGAUGUAUGUAAACUGGACCAAUAUCUGGUUUCUUCAUACUUUUAGAUGAACAAGACAAUAUAGAUACACGUAUUGAACACCAUUCU